GCGCGCGCGCGCCGCCAGACGUGGCAGCAGCGGGGCAGCAGCCGCAUCCCGCUCCCGCUCCCAGCCCGCAGCGGCGGGGGCUCGGCGAUGGCUGCGGCGGGGCUGGGCGCGGGGGCUGCGCGCCGCGGGCGGCUCCCGGGACCGGGACCGGGGCCGGGGUUGUUGCUGGGGCUGCUGCUGCUGCUGCUGGGCAUGGCGGCAUUCCUGCCGCCCUUUGGGUAUUCAUUGAAGGUGUCUCCACUCAUCGAAAAAAUAAGCGACCACAAGGACUUUAAGAAGCUUCUCAGGACACGAAAUAAUGUACUAGCUCUGUAUUCCAAAUCUGCUGCUGCUGCGGAAAGCUCGCUCAGGUUACUGUCCAGCGUGGCCCAGGAGGUGAAAGGACGAGGUACUAUAAGCUGGAUUGACUGUGGUGACACUGAAAGCCGAAAAUUAUGCAAGAAGAUGAAAGUAGAUCCUAAUUCAAAGGAGAAAGGAGUGGAAUUGCUCCAUUAUAAGGACGGUGCAUUUCAUACUGAAUAUAACAGAGCUGUCACGUUGAAGUCCAUGGUGGCCUUUCUCAAGGAUCCAGAAGGUGCACCGCUGUGGGAGGAAGAUCCUGAAGCCAAAGAUAUUGUGCAUAUUGACAGUGAAAAGGAAUUGCGAAGGCUUCUGAAGAAGGAAGACAAACCCGUUCUGAUGAUGUUCUAUGCCCCGUGGUGUGGUGUUUGUAAGAGAAUGAUGCCGUCUUAUCAGCAGGCAGCCACAGAACUGAAGGGUAAAUAUGUUCUUGCGGGGAUGAAUGUUUACUCUGCUGAAUUUGAAAGGAUAAAGGAAGAAUACAAUGUCCGUGGAUAUCCUACAAUCUGCUAUUUUGAGAAAGGAAAGUUCCUGUUCCACUUUGAGAACUAUGGUGCUACUGCAGCAGAUAUAGCAGAGUGGCUGAAAAACCCACAGGCACCUCAGCCACAGGCUCCGGAGACUCCCUGGGCAGAUGAGGAAAAUGUAGUUUAUCACCUGACUGAUGAAGACUUCGACAAGUUUAUAAAAGAUCAUUCAUCUGUGCUGGUGAUGUUCCAUGCACCAUGGUGUGGGCACUGUAAGAAAAUGAAGCCAGAAUAUGAGAAGGCUGCAGAGUUUCUCCACGCAGCCAGUGAUAGUCCAGGUGUCCUUGCAGCAGUAGAUGCUACCGUCAACAAGGCACUGGCAGAAAGGUACCACAUCUCAGGCUUUCCUACUCUGAAGUAUUUUAAGGAUGGAGAGGAGAAAUACACCCUGCCACACCUCAGAACGAAAAAGAAGAUCAUCGAUUGGCUCCAAAAUCCUGAAGCACCACCUCCACCUGAGCCUGCAUGGGAAGAAAAACAGACUAGUGUUAUCCAUCUUGCUGGAGAAGACUUCAGGGAGUCCUUGAAGAAGAAGAAGCACACCCUUGUCAUGUUCUACGCACCAUGGUGCCCACACUGUAAAAAUGCCAUUCCACAUUUUACAACUGCCGCUGAAGUCUUUAAAGAAGAUCGAAAGAUCGCCUACGCUGCAGUGGACUGUGCCAAAGAACAGAAUCAUGACCUGUGCAAGCAGGAGGGAGUUGAUGGCUACCCCACCUUCAACUAUUACAACUACGGGAAAUUUGUGGAAAAAUAUACGGGAGAAAGAGGGGAGUCUGGAUUCACCACUUUCAUGCGAACCCUUAGAGAAAGAGACCACGAGAGAGUAGGAAAGAAGAAGGAUGAGUUGUAACGUCUGCCUCAAAAGAAGCUUUCCGCUGCACUGUGAAUCGUUCCAGGUCUUUUGUUAAUGCACCUGAGACUUCACAUAUUCUCAAGACAGAGACUUUUUUUAUAAACAGCCAUGGCCAUUUUGUACAAUUUUGAAAUAAAGUGAAACUACAAGAUUUUUAAAAGGAAAAAAAAUUAGAACGUUGCCGUAAUGUUUUAAAGAAAACUUAGCAUUUUCUCUCAUGUUGUGAGACUAUGCCCACCGACACUCCUAUGCAAUAUUUUUGUAGUCUGUAGUGUGUCUGUAGGUGUUGUUUGAUAGGGUGAUUUUUUUUUUUUAAAGGUAUUGCAGUACAUGUUUAAAAAAAAAAGGGGGGGGGGAGGAGAGGUAGGGGAGAACACUUUUUCUUUUUAAACCAGCAAAGGAUAGUGGGACUUCUAAGACACAGAUUAUCCAAAUGCGGUUUUACAUUCUUGUGAAAUAGUUCCAUGUUCUUCAGUGAGAUUUGGGGAAACAAUAUUAAGGUGCUCAGGGAUAAAUAAGGUAUUUGAAUUAAUGAAGACAUUGGCAUUGACCAGUCCAGAUCUGUUGAUUUCAUUUAAAUCUCACUAUCAGGACUGUUUACAUACCUUUGUAGAAUGUAUUGAGUUAAUUAAGCCAAGUAUCAAAAAUCUACACAGCAUGGGUAAAAAUAAACUAAGCCCUCUUUUUCUGGCAUCAAUACUGCCAAAUGCCUCUGUAAGGCAGGAGUGAUUACCUUCUAGGGGUAGACAGUUACCCUUGUAGGGUAUACAGCCUCCCUUAAAAAUUAUGAUUGGGCCAUAUGAGAUAUUUGUUGGAAAGUGUUAUGUUGAACUGCUUUGAUAAAUGCAUAAUACUUCUGAUAAUGCAGUAAUUAUGUACAUUAAUGUUUACAUUCCACAAGUUUAUCUGCUUUUGUAUGUUGGAGAUUUCCUUUUUGUUCGUUAAGGAGUUGCAUAAACAAUCUCUUAGCCAAAAUCAUCACUGUAAAAACUGUAUUAGCAGCAGCAGCUGAUGUGUUACACUUGAUGCUUUAAAAAAAAGACAUUGAUCUGGAGGUACUUAUGUCUUCACAGCAGGGAAGAAGGAGGGGCAGGAAGUUGUGAUUCACUUUGAACUAAAAAUAAAUUUUAAAAAAAGAUAAUUA